GGAGUGCGGCGAGGCUGCGGCGGUUGCUAGCUCGCUGCUGUCACGCGUUUUCAGUCGGAACAAGCCGAGUCGCUCGCCAUGUCCGGGAGCGCGGGAGAGUGGUGUCUGAUGGAGAGCGACCCGGGGGUCUUCACGGAGCUCAUCAAAGGCUUCGGAUGCCGCGGCGCUCAGGUGGAGGAGAUCUGGAGCAUGGAGCCCGAGAACUUCGACAACCUGAAGCCGGUGCACGGACUCAUCUUCCUGUUCAAGUGGCAGCCGGGGGAAGAGCCCGCCGGCUCCAUCGUGCAGGACUCCAGGCUGGAGCGCAUCUUCUUUGCCAAGCAGGUCUGUGGCCGCGGCUCCGCCCGAGAGCCCAUCUUGUUUUCAACCCCGGCGCGUGCGUGCGUGCGUGUGUGUGGUCCUCAGGUGAUCAACAACGCCUGCGCCACGCAGGCCAUCGUCAGCGUCCUCCUCAACUGCGCCCAUGCCGACGUGCUGCUGGGCGACACGCUGACUGAGUUCAGGGAGUUCUCGCACAGCUUCGACGCCGCGAUGAAGGGCUUGGCCCUCAGCAACUCCGAGGUCAUCAGGCAGGUCCACAACAGCUUCGCCAGGCAGCAGAUGUUUGAGUUUGAUGCCAAGUCCUCGUCCAAGGAUGAAGAUGCCUUUCACUUUGUCAGCUACGUCCCUGUCAAUGGCCGGUUGUACGAGCUGGACGGGCUCCGGGAGGGACCCAUCGACCUGGGCGUGUGCACCCAGGACGACUGGAUCGGCGCCGUGCGACCCGUCAUCGAGAAGAGAAUCCAGAAGUACAGCGAGGGAGAAAUCCGCUUCAACCUGAUGGCCAUCGUGUCGGACAGGAAGAUGAUCUACGAGCGCAGGAUCGGCGAGCUGCAGACUCAGCUGGCCCAGGACGAGCCCAUGGACACGGACCAGAGCGGCACCUUCCUCAGCUCCAUCCAGUCAGAGAUCGCCAAGUACCAGCUGCUGAUCGACGAGGAGAACCUGAAGCUGAAGAGAUACAGGGUGGAAAACAUCCGGCGGAAACACAACUACCUCCCGUUCAUCAUGGAGCUGCUGAAGACUCUGGCCGAGUACCAGCAGCUGCUCCCCCUGGUGGAGAAGGCCAAGGAGAAGCAGAGCGCCAAGAAGGUCCAGGAGGCCAAGUGACGCGUCGCCCCCCGGCUGUGAGAUGCUGCAGAACAAACUGUCAAACGCAUGAAGGAAGCAAAUGUCUUAUUUUGGUAAUAAAACGUCUGGUGUUGACCUGC